GUAAUAUAUACAGAUGCUGGCUGACUGGUACUAACACACCAGUAAUGGCAAUAUGCAGUCUGUCCCGCGCAUUCCAGUGUUUGACUGUAGCCUGUGCAAGACCAGUUUCGUCUGCCCUCCGUCAGGCAGGGCCUCCCUCACUGCUGCCCUCUAGAGGUAUCUUCACCACUUUUUGUCUAAGUGACCUUCAGAUAUGGAAACCACCCACCAAAUACACAAUAAAUCCCAUUGGGAAGCGGAAGACCGGGGGGCGAGAUUACACAGGUCGUAUCCGUGUGCGAGGAAUUGGCGGUGGGCACAAACAGCUGUAUCGGAUGAUUGACUUCCAUAGGCUGAGCUAUGAACCUGGCCGGGAAAACGUGCCAUUCCAGGAGGUGGUGACUCAGGUGCGCUACGACCCCUGCAGGUCGGCAGACAUCGCGCUAGUAGCCGGUGGGAAGCGGAAACGAUGGAUAAUCGCCACAGAGAACAUGAAGUCCGGUGAUUUGAUCACAUCAUCUGGACACAUCGGACGCAUGGCUGUGUCUGCUCAGGAAGGAGAUGCUCACCCUCUCGGGGCUCUGCCUGUGGGCACCCUCAUCAAUUGUCUGGAAGUGAUUCCGGGCGAGGGAGCCAAGUACAUAAGAUCCGCUGGCACUUGUGGGGUGUUGCUGAGGAAGGUGAAUGGGACGGCAAUUGUGCAGCUACCAUCCAAGAGACAAGUUCAGGUGUUAGAAUCCUGUGUGGCCACCGUGGGACGUGUGUCCAAUGUAGACCACAACAAGCGAGUGAUUGGAAAAGCAGGGCGCAAUCGCUGGUUGGGAAUCCGUCCAAGCAGUGGGUUAUGGAAGAGGAAGGGAGGCUGGGCUGGCCGCAAGAUCAAACCCUUGCCUGCGAUACAGAGUUUUGUAACAUUACCGAGCGCCCGCCCAGCGCCACGAGCCUAAGCGAUUCAUUUGCUGACAUCUUCUGGGUCUGGACUAAAUGCAGAAUUACCCAUAGUCCUCUACUGCUCAACACAGAGAUGAUGGUUCCACCUAUAUCACAUGAUCUGUCGUUAAAUUGAUCAGCAAGAUCUAGAUCACUUCGAGAAUCCCAAAAAAUAUAAACCUUUAUUUUAUUGUAUAUUGCAUGGAUCCCAGAACCAGGCAAAUGGAAAAAUGCUUCACUGCUGGGACGUUCCUUGUGUCUGACUACUUCUGUUAGCAAUGCAAUAAAGAAAAGUAUUGUAUCUGUU